CGUCGUAAAUUUACUCAUAUAAAAUUAUUGAUUUCAUGAUUUUUAAAAAUGUUGGGUCUACUAGGUUUGGGCAUAUGCAUUGCGUCUAUAUCCUGUUUAUGUUGUUUAUGCACGAGCACUCUCGUAUAUCUUCCACAUUUGAUUGAUAUAAAAACAGGAAAAUUUCGAAGCGAAAAACAGAAAAACGAGGAAAGGAAACGAUUAGCAAAACAAAUAGAGCUUCAAAGUGGUUGUAGUGUUGGCUGCUGUGGGAUCCAAAGUGGAGAAUGUCCAUGUAACAUUAGAUACGUGCUUAAUCCUGUUUUAGUUAAAAAAACAAUAUUUCCGUCAGAACCAUGCAAUCGUAUACAGCAAAAAAAAUUUUGUAUAUGCCCUUCAUUUUUGGAUCUGGUUGAUACUAACAAUGAUAAUGUUUAAAAA